GGUGGGGACGCUGUCAAGUAAACGAUGAUGUCAUCUUUAGUAGUGCUGCUUUCAGGAACUCCUGCUAACGUAGGACUCAAGAGCCUCCCACACUUUUUAUGAGUAAUGUCAUUGCUUAUGUUGGUAAAUACACAGUAGUCAACAUCAUUUACGAAAAGGGUGUGUAUAUAUUUUAAUCUUCAUGAUUAUGUGUUAAUUUACCUACAUUAUAAAGAAUCCGGCCCUUUUUGGCCACUUAAAAUGUGUUUAUAGUACCAUUAUGUUUUACUUGUUUCAAUUUCCGCUGGCCCUUUUGGCCAGAUCUCUCUUUUGUAAGCUUUGGAUAGUGGCCGGAUCAAUCCAAAUAUCAAUAGUAUUGAUACGAACGCUGAUAUUGGUAUCGGCUCAAUAUCAAUAUUUGCAGUACUGCACAGUAAAAUGGUCUGUUAAAAAAAGUCUAUUAACCUCACUGAUAGGGUAAAAACAGCACUGAAUUCUUUAAGGGAACAGUAGAAGAAGAAUCUCAAAAGACUAACGUUGCAAACAGCACUUUUCUCCCACAGCACAUAAACGCAGCACCAGCAGCGCUCGGUUACUCGGUUGCCGCCAGGCUGCCAGUCUGCGUCCGCUGCUGCUGCUGCACAUCAAAGCCUGAUGAGACACCGAGGAGACGCUGUCAGCCUCCUCCAACCUGCUUCACGUCGAGGCCGCUCGGAUGCGGGGUGCUUCAUAUCUGCGGACGCUUCGAGAAGAAAAAGGAGAAGGAGCAGGUGCACCGAAGUCCCCGCCGCCGAGGUUUCCUCUCUCUGAGUGAUUUGGGGGGGGCUGUUGUUCGUUGUCACUUCCGGGCGAGCAGUCGGUACCACCGGCAGCUCACAUCGCCGGCGGAGGAGGAGAAGAAGAGGAAGUUCGGCAGCAUCGAUGCUUCGCGCGGGGAGGAUGGAGGAGUUUGUCACGGAGGAAGAGGAGCCGUGGUACGACCAGCGGGACCUGGAGCAAGACCUGCAUUUGGCAGCGGAGCUCGGCAAGACCCUCCUGGAACGCAACAAAGAGCUGGAGGACUCUCUGCAGCAGAUGUACAUCAACAACGAGGAGCAAGUGCAAGAGAUUGAGUACCUGUCCAAGCAGCUGGAAAUGUUGCGGGAGAUGAACGAGCAGCACGCAAAGGUGUACGAACAGCUGGAUGUGACGGCCAGAGAGCUGGAAAUCACCAAUGAGAAGCUGGUGCUGGAGAGCAAGGCGUCGCAGCAGAAAAUAGACAGGUUAACCAGCACCAUGGAGACCCUACAGAGCCAGGUGGACAGUCUCACAGCUCGGGUUGAGGAGCUGCGAACUUUGGAGGAGCUGAGAGUCCGCAGGGAGAAGAAGGAGCGUCGCAAGACCAUCCACUCUUUCCCCUGCCUCAAGGAGCUCUGCACUGCUCCGAGGUAUGAGGAUGGUUUCCUGCUGGCCAAUCCGGGUAGCGUGGACCUGGCCGAGCGACAGCCACUGGAUGAGGAGAACGACCGUCUGAGAGACAUCGUGUCGUCGCUGCACUCGGCCAUGGCUGCAGAGCGGUCCAAGCGGGAGGGUGCAGAGAGGGAGUGUGCUGCUGUGCUGCAGGAGUUUGAGCGCCUGGAGCAGCGUCUCCUAGGAGCAGAAGGAUGCCAGCUGCGGGUUCAGGAGUUGGAAGCUGAGCUCCAGGAGAUGCAGCAGCUCAGGAAGUCCAGGGUGUGUCUGAUUGGUGACAUGGAAGACGGCCUAGAGAAUCUGCUCAAUAACGGCCCUGAGACUGACACUCCAGAGGAGAGCCCAGGGCAGGAGGAUGGAGGCGAGGGAGGUGCUGGAGAGGCUGGGCAGCAAGGAGGACCGGUGAGAAAAAGCUGCAGCGACACAGCCCUGAACGCCAUCUCAGCUCGUGACGCAACCGGUAGACGGCAGGGGAGCUACGCCCUCCACGCCAAUGGCGUGCGCAAACGGGGCAUGUCCAUCCUGCGGGAGGUGGACGAACAGUACCACGCGCUGCUGGAGAAGUACGAGGAGCUGCUGGGGAAGUGCAGGCGUCACGAAGAGAGCCUGUGCCACGCAGGGGUGCAGACCUCGCGCCCCGUCUCCAGGGAUCCCUCCAUGAAGGAGUACAACAUGGCCGCCGCGGGGCCUUCCACCUCCGGAGACGUCGUGAUCGCCGCCGCCCCUCCUACACCCCCUCAGACUCCCUCCACCCCUGAAGCCCUGGAGGGGAUCAGCAGGCAGGUGGAGCAGGUGGACAAACGGCUGAGCCAGAACACGCCAGAGUACAAGGCGCUGUUCAAGGAGAUCUUCUCCCGACUGCAGAAGACAAAGAGCGACAUGAACACGAGGAAGAGCAGAAAGACUAACAAGUGAGGCAGAAGCAUUUCACUACAUAUCGUACUGUGUAUGACUGUGUACGUGACAAAUAAAAUUUGAAUUUGAAUUUGAUGAGAUACUACAAACAUCUCAGUUUACCAAACUGUUUAAAGGCUUCUCAUUUAACCGUUUGGACACCCUUCACUGCUGUAUCCUGUUUCACAUGAAACUGCCAAAGGGAUGGAAUGCUUCUCCUGACUGUAACUGACAAACUAUCUGAACGGAGGGUUUUGUUGUGACGUCGUUUGUAACUGAUGCUAAAAAAAAAAAAAGAUAAACACUGAAGCCAAAUAACAGGCCAACUUUCAGAAGCUUUAAAACUUGCAGCAUUUACAGCAUGCAUCUGGCUGAUAACACAAAAAAAGCUAAAUCUGUCUUUGAGAAACAGGAAUCGCAAGCUUUUGAAUGGCUCAAUGAGCUUAAAGCUUUUUGAACUCACCGGAUAGCACAAAAGUGUACCUCCUGAACAGGCAGCGAUGCUUCUGCAUCUUUUUCAGGGAUUUAUUUCAUCAUUUCCACACUGUGCUGUCACAUGAUCCAACUUGUUCCUGUAAUAGGCUGUUUUAAUGUUUCCUGUUGAUUAAAAUAACUACUGCAUCAA